AUGCCAUCCCCAGCACAGAUCAGAUUCGGAUAACAACAUCUUUGAAAAGCCAAAGGGGAUCAGUGUGGACAAAAACCAAGUCAACAUUCGAAUUUUGGGAAUUGGAAGUCGCCUUUCGAAUUACGGGAAGAGGUCGCCUGGGAGCUGAUGGAUUGGCCAUCUGGUUUACAGAAGAGCAAGGCUUGGAUGGGCCUGUUUUCGGGGCAGCGGAUAAAUGGAAUGGAGUUGGCAUUUUCUUAGAUUCUUUUGACAAUGAUGGGAAGAAAAACAAUCCCAGCGUGAUCGUCGUUGGCAACGAUGGCCAACUUCCAUAUGACCAUCAGAAUGAUGGUUCCACCCAAGCCUUGGCAUCCUGUCAGAGGGAUUUUCGGAACAAGCCCUAUCCCGUUCGACUCAAGAUAACGUACUACCGGAAAACCCUUACAGUAUUAAUUAACAACGGUUUUACUCCGGAUCGGGAUGAUUAUGAAUUUUGCGUCCGAGUGGAUGAUACAGUGUUACCUUCCUCAGGAUAUUUUGGAAUAUCUGCAGCAACUGGGGGCCUCGCAG